AUGGAAGUCGAAAAACAGAGAGGAAAAGGUCACAAACUAGUUCUAAUGCCAUCCCCAUUUCAAGGCCACAUAACACCACUACUCCAACUAGCAAACAUCCUCUACUCAAAAGGUUUCUCAAUCACAAUCGUCCACACUGUUUUCAACUCCCCCGAUCCUUCUUCCUACCCUCACUUCACUUUCCACCCUCUCCACGGUGCUUUAUCGGAAACCGAAGCUUCAAAGGUAGACGCGGUUCAUCUCACCGACCUCAUCAAUAUCAGAUGCGUCCAGCCUUUGAAGGAGUUCUUGGCUACGUUGCUGUCGUCACAGGAUGACGAUGACUCUGUUCCUGUCUCUUGUUUCAUUGCUGAUGCUGCUCUUUAUUUCACUCAAGGUGUUUGUGAUGAGUUUGGGAUUCCUCGUCUUGUGCUUAGGACCGGUGGUGCUUCCUCUUUUCUUGUUUUUGCUUCGUUUCCUCUCCUCAGAGAAAAAGGCUAUUUUCCUGUUCAAGAGUCUCGAUUGGAGGAAGCUGUUGUGGAUCUUCCACCACUCAAAGUGAAAGACCUUCCGGUGUUUCAGUCGAAAGAACCUGAGGCAUUUUACAAGCUAGUUUGUCGCUUUAUUGAGGAAUGCAAGAAAUCGUCUGGGAUUAUUUGGAACACUUAUGAAGAGUUGGAAUCAUCUGCGUUAACAAAAUUGCGUCAAGAUUUUUCUGCGCCGAUAUACCCUAUAGGCCCUUUUCACAAAUACUCUCUUCUUGGAUCAACUUCUACUAGCUUAUUGACACCAGAUCAAAGUUGCAUCACUUGGUUAGACAAACAAGAACAUAAAAGUGUUGUUUAUGUGAGUUUCGGGAGUAUUGUGGCAAUAAGCGAAGCUGAGUUCUUGGAGAUAGCUUGGGGGUUAGCCAACAGUGAUCAACCUUUCUUGUGGGCGAUCCGACCCGGGACAAUCCGCGGCUCAGAAUGGCUUGAACCGUUGCCAAGUGAGUUCCUAGAGAAUUUAGGAGGAAGAGGUUACAUUGUGAAAUGGGCUCCUCAAGAACAAGUGUUGAAGCAUCCUGCAGUUGGAGCAUUUUGGACGCAUAACGGUUGGAAUUCAACUUUGGAGAGUGUAUGUGAAGGUGUUCCAAUGAUUUGUAUGCCGUCUUUUGGAGACCAAAAGAUCAACGCAAAGUAUGCUAGUGAUGUUUGGAAGGUCGGAGUGCAAUUAGAGAAUAAGCUAGAGAGAGGAGAGAUAGAGAAGAUCAUUAGAAAAGUAAUGCUCGGAGACGAAGCCAAAGAGAUUAGAGAGAAUGUCAUGAAUUUGAAGGAAAAGGCUAUUGUUUGCUUGAAAGAAGGUGGUUCUUCUUAUUGUUUCCUUGAUUCAUUGGUUAGUGAAAUAUUAUCACUUAAAUUUUCUACUUCUAAAGCUCAAUGA